AUGGAUCGUUUCCGUUGGUGUUCAUCUAGUGAAAGUCAGCCAGCUGAUGAUGAGACAGUGGUUAUUCGUCAAGCAGGCGUCUGUCUUUAUAAUGGUCCUGGGAAAACAACUUUCGAAAACGGUGUUCUCACGUUGACUAGUCAUCGGUUGAUAUGGCAACGGGAUCAUUCUGCCAUGGCGCUACCACUUGUUGCCAUUACAAGCACCUCUCUGCACCAUUCCGGUGGUGGGAGCGCAACACCGAAGAUCGUAGCAAAGCUCCUCUCGCCAGCCCAGUUGCUGUCUGCAUUUAAGGCGAUGCCCUACCGACCUGCCUGGUCGGCAGCCUGGGUCGUGGAUCGAGGAGAUACGCGAGUGGCGAUGUCUGCGGGCCUGGAUUUUGUUCGCUUUGGUUUCACUCAGGCAGGACAUAACCAAUUCUUUGUUGCCCUCAACGAGACAUUAGAGGCCAAAAUGUGGAUGGUUGCGCCAAAGUCUGUCGGUAGCGUCGGUGUGGCCGGUAUCGAACGCUCCAUGGUAGCUCAGACGGUCUCUGCUGACCGUAGCAUCGCUGGUGCCUUUGCCGACCUCUCAAAGCUCAUGGAACGUGCUGGCGAGAUGGUUACUCUCUCGAAGCAACUCUCUCAGCGCAUGCGGAACACCAAGGCUGGCGGCAGCAGCGUGACCGAGGACGAGACGACGGAGCUGCGGAUGGCCAUGUUGAGCAUGGGACUCCACGACGACGAGGCGGAUGGGCAGGAGAGCAGCCACGAGGCCGUACCCUCAGCCUCGUCGUUUCACAGACAGCUGGCCUCCCAAGUGUGCCGGCUGCUGCUGCCACUGCUGGAACAGCGUACUGCCGGGGUAUCUGGGGGCUGCAUCGACCUCACAACUGCCUAUUGUCGUGUUAACCGAGCCAGAGGUGUCCAACUCAUUGCUCCGGAAGAUCUCCUCGAAGCUGCCCAUCUCAUGCCCAAACUUAAAUUGCCGCUUCGCCUCAAGACGUUCCCCUCGGGCUUAAAAGCGAGUCUUUUCCCUUUCAAAUGUUUUAUUUUUUGUGUUAAAACAGUUCUUCAACUUGCUAGCGAGUCAGAAGAGGCUACAUUGGAGGCUACGUGUAAGCUUGUGCCCUCUGACGGGAGUCGUGGUUUGACCGCGGGCGAGUUGGCGCGUCGCGCGGGCAUCGCACCGGUGCUGGCGCGAGAACGCCUCCUCCUCUGCGAACAGCGUGGGAUGCUGUGUCGCGAUGACACGGAGCGCGGUGUCUCCUUCCACGCAAACCUCUUUCUCCACCCACCCCAGAAAACGUAA